AUGAACUUAAAAGAAACCGUCCUUGUUGAAUUAGGGAAACCAGAUGUUGUUGUUGUUUCCAUAAACGGUGACGGUUUUGAGAAGAAAUUUGAUGCUACGCUUCCCAGAAAUUGGGGAAUUCAUGUUGUGCCGCACCGACAAGCCUACAUCGUUGAGAGAUUUGGGAAAUAUGUGAAGACGUUAACUCGUGGUGUCCAUGUAUCUAUUCCAUUCAUCGAUCGGGUUGCGCACGUUCAUUCUUUGAAACUAGAGGCCAUCCCGUUCCGCAGCAAGCAAGCAGUUACCAAGGACAACACUGACGUUUAUGUGGACUGCCGUCUUUACGUGAAGGUCGUUGACCCCAAGCUGGCAUCAUAUGCAGUUGAGGGAGCAAUUCCCUCCUUGAUUCAACUUGUGAGAGCUAUGGUGCAUGAUGAGCUUGGAAAGAUCACCUUGCGCCAACUUUUCCGCGGGAAACACACUAUCAGCAAGAAUAUUGUGAUUGAUUUAAAUGAAGCCGUUAAGAACUGGGGCCUGCAUUGUCCCACUUUCGAAAUAGAGGAAGUUAACAUAGCAAAGGCCGACAAGACAGAUUUGUAUAAGCAGGAAUAUUAUGAAGAGUUAAAGAGGAGACUUCGGAUUCUUGAGACUGAAGGAGAAGUACAUACCGUUGCUCUUCUCGCCAAAUAUAAAGAGGAAGGUAUUCAAAUGGUGGCAAACACUUUCAAACGCCUGAUGGAGGUUGCGUUGAAGAUGGCAAAGGGAGACAAUGCAAAGGAGGGUGUCCUUGCUGGUGGGUCAAUUAUGAAGAAGUAG